CUAUUCUUCUAUUCAUUUGUGCACUGUUUUUCCUUUUAGUGUUGUUUUCCCGCAAAGAUUGAUAAUAGUCUUCGCUUCCUCAUCGUCAAUUCUACACAGUCCGACCAAAUUCUGUCGGCCAUGGAGAUAAUGAAUCAUUCUUCAACCUUCCUCCUCCCCAAUCCUCCCGCCGACAAAGCCGCCGCGUUGACGUACGUGCUCGUCGUGCUCAACCAGCGUCUUCCUCGGUUCACUCCUCUCCUCUGGAAGCACGCACAGCUUCGUAUCUGUGCGGACGGUGGAGCCAACCGACUGUAUGAUGAAUUGCCGCAGUUGUUUCCCGAUGAGGACGCUGUAGAGAUUCGUAAAAGGUAUAAGCCAAAUUCAAUUAAAGGAGAUAUGGAUUCAAUUAGGGAUGAAGUUUUGGGAUUCUACAAAGAUCUGGGAACCGAAGUAAUUGAUGCCUCAGAUGAUCAGGAUACUACAGACUUGCAUAAAUGCGUUGCAUAUAUUCAGGACAUGCCGACUUUGAAGAAUCAAGAAUUUUGCAUUCUUGUUGCUGGAGCACUUGGUGGAAGGUUUGACCACGAGAUUGGAAAUAUCAAUGUUCUGUGCCGUUUUCCAAACACAAGGAUAGUUCUACUAUCGGAUGAUUGCCUCAUCCAACUUCUUCCAAGCAGUUUUCAUCAUGAGAUUUAUAUCCAGCCGUCCGUUGAGGGACCUCAUUGUGGGCUCAUCCCUAUUUGCGGACCUUCAAAAACUGAUAUGGAAAUGAGAUUUGGAGGACUUAUCAGCACUUCAAAUAUCGUAAGAGGGGAAAUAGUGACCGUGCAAUCUGAUGUCGACCUCCUCUGGACUAUAUCCAUCAACAAGAAAGGCAUGAUAGCAAGUAGAGCUGGGAAGCCUUCAGCCAUAAGGCCGAUAAACAAGAGUGUCGUCCACCGGAUCUGUGCUGGUCAGGUUAUUCUCGACCUCUCGUCCGCGGUGAAGGAGCUCGUUGAGAACAGCCUCGACGCGGGCGCCACCAGCAUCGAGAUCGCCCUGAAGGACUACGGGCAGGAAUCAUUGCAAGUUAUAGACAAUGGCUCCGGAAUUUCUCCUGAGAAUUUCAAACUCAGUGUGUUCAAUUUUAUGGAUCAACAGCACUGCUACAUGGGAUUGAAUGUACUGAAGACAGCGCUGAAACAUCAUGUUUCAAACAUGGUGUUCGUAGAAAAUUUUUGUGCUUUGAAAUCUCAGUCUUUCAUGGGCCAUGAAGUUCUGGCCCUGAAACACCACACGUCAAAGCUCUUGGAUUUUCCAGACCUUCAAGUGCUGACAACUUUCGGAUUCCGGGGUGAGGCAUUGAGCUCACUUUGUGCUUUAGGGGAAUUGACCGUGGAAACUCGAACAGUGAAUGAGGUAGUUGCGACACACCUGACAUAUGAUCGGACAGGAAUUCUGACAGCUGAGAGGAAGUCGGCACGCCAAGUUGGUACUACAGUUACCGUCAGGAAACUGUUCUCAACUUUGCCUGUCCGGAGCAAAGAGUUCCAGCGAAAUAUUCGCAAGGAAUAUGGCAAACUAAUCAGCUUGUUGAAUGCCUAUGCUCUCAUUGCUAAAGGAGUUAGAAUAGUUUGCACCAACACAACAGGGAAAAAUGCACGGUCUGUAGUGUUGAAGACUCAGGGUAGUGGAUCCCUCAGGGAGAAUAUCGUCUCAGUGCUGGGUACGAGUACUUUUUCCUGCUUAGAGCCUGUAAAUCUAAUCUUAUCAGAUGGUUGUGUGGUUGAAGGCUUUGUUUCAAAGUCCGGAAAUGGAAGCGGGCGAAAUAUAGGGGAUCGCCAAUUCUUUUACGUUAACGGUCGUCCAGUGGAUAUGCCCAAGGUUGGUAAGGUUGUGAACGAGUUGUACAGAGGCGCAAAUUCUAAACAAUAUCCUAUUGCCAUUAUGAACUUUUCUGUUCCAACUCGGGCAUAUGAUGUUAGUUUUUCAGUAAACAAAAUAGAUGAACUCAAUGAGGACAUGCGCACAUCCGAUAUUUAUUCUCCACAAGAGAAAUCUCAAAGGCUUGCGAAGCACUUAAUUCCGGACAAAAGUGUAGUUCAUGAAAGGGAUGACAAAAAAAAUAAUGGCAUUCAGGUGACAGCUCAAGAUAACACAGGAGAUUCUUUUGGUGAGGUGUUGAUGCAGAGAGAUGGGGCUUGUUCAGUGAUAGAAGAGUAUUCACUUGGAAUUCGUGGUAAUCAGAAGAACAAAUAUUCUGAAAGUCCUGAUGAGGAAAAUACCGAUUUAGUUUCAGACAAAACUUACAAACAGGAGAUUCUCCAGUCAAGGUCAAUCCAGAAGGGUGCUGUUAAUAGCAUUAGUCCACUUAGGCAUUCGAGUAGUGUACAGAUGUCACUCAACAACUUUGUCACUGUAAAUAAGAGAAAACAUGAAAGUAUUGAAACUGCAUUGUCUGAGGUUCCAGUCCUUCGCAGUGGAUCUCAUAUGGGUAAAUUAAGAGAAAAUAACUCUUUGAAGUGUACUGCAUCUCAAAUAUCUGCGGACAACCGGGUUAUGUUUGAUGGUUCCAGUAAAAGCAGCCGUAGUGAGUCUCAACCAGACAAAGUUUCUGGUAUCAAGAGUGUAUUUAGUGAAGCGGGUAUGAAAGUUCUCUUUCCUUGUGGCGACAGAAAGCAAAAUACCAGGGAUGAUGAAGAUGCAGGUGUUCUUUUUCCUUGUACGGACAGAAAGCUAAGUGCAGCCACAGAGGAUAUCGAAUUGGGGGAGCAGAGAACUCCAGAGAGGGCACAGGAUGCGGAUUCUGGACCAACAGCUUCACUUAGCACAGACUCUCAACUUCCGAAAGGCCUUGCAGAUGCACCUAUCCCUUUGCGACCUUCUGUUGUAUCAGUUGACUCUCCAGUGGCUUCUUCUGGUACAAAAGUUGGUUUUUCAUUGCAGUUCAGUUUUAAAGAUUUGAUGUCGAGAAGGAAGCAGAGGCUAUCUAGACUGGGGUACACUAGUAAUGCAUCUGGAAGAAUGAAAUUAGGGAGCCACAGUGAGUUUGCUGCAGCAUCGUUGGAGCUCUCACAAGUAGUAAAUGAAGAGGGGAAGGCUAAAGCUUUAGCGGCUGCUACCAGUGAGCUGGAAAGGUUGUUUAAGAAGGGUGACUUUGAACAGAUGCAGGUGGUAGGACAAUUUAAUCUUGGAUUCAUCAUUGGCAAGUUAGAUCAGGACCUUUUUAUAGUGGAUCAGCAUGCUGCAGAUGAAAAAUACAACUACGAGCGCUUGUCGCAAACAACCAUUUUGAAUCAGCAACCUUUGCUUCGGCCAUUAAAAAUGGAGCUUGCUCCAGAAGAAGAGAUAGUCGUCUCCAUGCACAUGGAUACCUUCAGAUCUGAUUGCUUUAUUAGCACCAGGAUGCAUGGAGUACAAGUCCCAGUGAUUGCAAACACUAAAGCUGAUUAUCUUCUUGAACAGUACUUCCUGAAGAUGUUGGGCCUUUAUUUAUUGAUAUAUGCCUUCGUACUACUCUCAAAUUUUAGGAAAAAUGGAUUUUUACUGGAGGAGGACAUACACGCUCCUUCUGGGCAUAGGUUUAUACUGAAAGCAGUUCCCUUCAGCAAAAAUAUAACUUUUGGAAUUGCAGAUAUCAAGGAGCUUAUAUCUAUUCUCACUGAUAGUCAUGGAGAAUGCACCAUUAUUGGCAGUUACAGAACAGACAUGGCCGAUUCGAUUUGCCCACCAAAAAUAUUAGAGCAUUUGGCUGUGCUCAAGUCUCCUUGGAACUGUCCACAUGGCAGGCCCACAAUGCGCCACUUGGUCGACUUAAGAACAGUUCGUAAGAGAGUUUAUGACGACGAUAUGGAGUUAGAGAGAGAGUCCAGAGAGAGAAACAGAGAAGAAGAAGAAGAGAAGGCUCCGGUGUGCUAUUCUGUGGACGUCCUUCCGCUUUCUCUGCUCAAGACUGCACAAGGUCACCCUAUGUUGGUGGAACUGAAAAAUGGGGAAACAUACAAUGGUCACUUGGUUAAUUGUGACACUUGGAUGAACAUCCAUCUUCGUGAAGUUAUAUGCACUUCAAAGGAUGGGGAUAGGUUUUGGCGAAUGCCUGAGUGCUACAUAAGAGGGAACACAAUUAAGUAUCUUAGAGUUCCAGAUGAGGUGAUUGAUAAAGUUCAGGAGGAGACAAAAAGCCGUUCUGAUAGAAAGCCACCUGGAGUAGGGCGUGGAAGAGGAAGAGGUAGAGAAGAUGGGCCAAAACCGAAAGGCAUUGGCCGUGGCAUGGAGGAUGGAGGCGCCCGAGGUGCAGGUGGAGGCCGAGGCAGGGCUGCAUCUGGAGGAAGGGCUGGUGGAAAUCGAGUCAAUCAAGCUCUGGAGUAG